AUGGUUGUCAUGGGAGACUUCAAGUACCCAGAUAUCUUGUGGGCAGAGCACUCGGCCAAAUCCAAAUGGUCUCAAAGCUUCCUCGCGUGCGUGGAUGAACUCUACCUGACUCAAGAAAUCUAUGGACUCACCAGAGUCACUUCCCUAGGGAAACUGUGGCAUUCAGCAUGUGGAAAAUCACAAAGACCUGCUAGGGUAUAUAUCUUAUUGAGUAAAGAGACUUUACAUACUAAGUAUUACACUCUGACUCUUCCUUUGUUUCCUUUUCCAGAUCUUGAACCAGAUGACUGUGCAUCCAUAUACAUCUUUAAUGUAGACCAGCCAUCAUCAUCUGUAAAUCAGCCAAUUUGUAUCCCUCGCCAUGGAUUGCAACCACACACCUCUCCUCUGUCCCCACCUGCCAGAUUGCAAGGUCAUAAAAACUAUGAAGGGACUUGUGUGGUACCAGAAUCCAAAUACAGCCCACUAGGUGGACCCAAACCAUUUGAGUGCCCUAGUAUUCAAAUUACAUCUAUUUCUCCUAAUUGUCAUCAAGGAAUUGAAGCCAGUGAGGAUGACUUGCACACAAAUGGCACAGAAAAUGAAUAUAUGGAAAGGCCUUCAAGGGACCACCUAUAUCUUCCUCUUGAGCCAUCAUACAGGGAAUCAUCCCUUAGUCCAAGCCCUGCCAGCAGCAUUUCCUCCAGGAGCUGGUUCUCAGAUGCUUCCUCUUGUGAAUCCAUUUCUCAUGUUUAUGAUGAUGUAGACUCUGAGCUUAACGAAGCUGCUGCUAGAUUUACCCUUGGAUCUCCUUUGGCAUCUCCUGGCGGUUCUCCAAGAGGUCCAGGGGAUGACACUUGGCAACAGCCUUAUGGAUUUGGGCAUGCCUUAUCACCUAGACAGUCUCCUUGUCAUUCUCCUAGAACUAGUAUUACAGAUGAAAACUGGCUAAGCCCAAGACCACCAUCAAGGCCCUCUUCAAGACCUACAUCCCCCUGUGGGAAGCGACGACACUCCAGUGCCGAGAUUUGUUAUGCUGGUUCUCUGUCUCCCCAUCAUUCUCCAACUCCAUCACCUGGCCACUCUCCCAGGGGAAGUAUAACAGAAGAUACGUGGCUAAAUACUUCUCUUCAUAGUAUACAGGGUCUUAAUUCUGGCCUGUCACCAUUUCAGUGUUGUACAGAAACUGACAUCCCUCUUAAAACAAGAAAGACCUCUGAGGAUCAAACUGCCACUUUAUCAGGAAAAAUAGACCUCUGUUCUGAAGAACAGGGUAGUUUAUCACCAUCCCUUGAAACUGCAGAUGAUUGCUCAGGAUCGCAACACACAUUAAAAAAGGACUUGCCUACUGACCAAUUCCUUUCUGUUCCUUCCCACUUUACUUGGAACAAACCAAAGCCUGGCCAUACUCCUAUUUUUCGCACAUCUUCAUUGCCACCACUAGACUGGCCUUUGCCAAGUCGUUAUGAACAAUGUGAGCUGAAAAUAGAAGUGCAGCCUAAAACUCACCAUAGGGCUCAUUAUGAAACUGAAGGCAGUAGAGGAGCAGUAAAAGCAUCUACAGGUGGACACCCUGUUGUGAAGCUCCUGGGCUACAACGAAAAACAAGUAAACCUACAAAUGUUCAUUGGCACAGCAGAUGAUCGCUACUUACGACCUCAUGCAUUCUACCAGGUGCACCGAAUCACUGGGAAAACAGUUGCUACUGCUAGCCAAGAGAUAAUAAUUGCCAGCACAAAAGUUUUGGAAAUUCCACUUCUUCCUGAAAAUAAAAUGUUGGCUAGUAUUGAUUGUGCAGGUAUUUUGAAACUUCGCAAUUCAGAUAUAGAGCUCCGUAAAGGAGAGACAGAUAUUGGAAGAAAGAACACCAGAGUGCGUCUUGUAUUUCGAGUUCACAUCCCACAGACUGGUGGAAAAGUCUUGUCUCUGCAAACUGCUUCCAUACCUGUUGAAUGCUCUCAGCGAUCCGCUCAAGAACUUCCUCAGAUUGAAAAAUACAGCAUCAACAGUUGUUCUGUAAAUGGAGGCCAAGAAAUGGUUGUGACUGGAUCUAAUUUUCUCCCAGAAUCAAAAAUCAUAUUUUUUGAGAAAGGACAAGAUGGUCGACCUCAGUGGGAGGUAGAAGGGAAAAUAAUUAGGGAAAAGUGUCAAGGGACUAACAUUGUUCUUGAAGUUCCUCCAUACCAUAACAAAGCCAUUACAGCUGCAGUCCAGGUGCAGUUUUAUCUUUGCAAUGGCAAGAGGAAAAAAAGCCAGUCUCAACGAUUUAAUUACACACCAGUUGUAAUGAAACAAGAGCACAGAGAUGAGAUGGAUUUGUCUGCCGUUCCAUCUUUGACCCUGCCUCAUACUGGUAGUGUUCAGGGCCUACAUUCUAUCCGAACUCAGCUGCCUUCAUCAGAUCCAGGGCACCCACAUGAUAGUUUACUGUCUACGUCACCCAGGAGCCUUCUGUGUCCUGUUCAGCAGCCAUAUACAUCCAUGGUGACCUCAGCAGUUCCCCAUCUGUCUCACAUUCAAGGUAGAACCAUCAAUCCAGGUGAAGAGUGUCGUGUUUUGCCUCCUGCUGUGGUUCAGUCUUUUCAAGUAACAUCGGCACCUCCAGUGAGGCCUUCUUACCAGCCUAUGCAAACUAAUGUUAUAUAUAAUGGACAAUCUGGUCUUCCCAUGAACUCUGCUUCUAGCCAAGGAUUUGAUGCUAUUUCAUUUCAACAAGAUGCAGCUAUACCUCAUUUGAUAAAUCUUAGCUGCCAGCCUCUGACACCCAUGCAGUUCCAUUCUUCAAAUCCAGGGUCAGUGUCAACUUCAACUACAGCAGGACAUUCUUUGGCACACCCAGCUCAUUCAGGACCAUCAUCCCCUCAUCUGCAGUCAAUGGGAUACCAUUGUCCAAACACUGGGCAAGCUUCUGUCUCCUCAACAAUGAACCGGAGCCUUGGACAACCUUCCUCUCAGCUGCAGCAAGCUGCAUACCAUUCAUCAAACCCAGGGUCUGCUUCAUCACCAUCCCCAACAACUUCCCAUCCUUUGGUCCAUUCACCACUGUCUGGACCAUCUUCUCCACAGCUACAGUCUAUGCCUUAUCAGUCUCCUAGCUCAGGACCUGCACCAUCGCCACCUCCAACAUCUGUAAGUCACUCUGGACAACUUUCUCCUCAAGCACAUAGUCCAGGAUUGGGAGGUCUUAAUGCAGCUUCUUCAUUAGUACAUCACAGUGUAUGCGAUUCAUCUCCAUUUUCAUCAGAUGUGGCAGCUAUUAACAUCAAACCAGAACCUGAAGAUAGAGAGUUAAAUUUUCAAACAAUAGGAUUGCAAGACAUCACACUAGAUGACGACAGUUUUAUCUCUGACCUGGAAUACCAGCCAUCAGGUUCAGCAGAGAAAUGGACUCAACAUUCAGCAUUCAUAUCCAACUCGUAUGUGGAAAAUCUAGAGGUGAAUGAGAUCAUAGGAAGAGAUAUGUCACAGAUCUCCGUGACGCAUGGAGCAACAGUGGCCAGCCAAUCUCCACAUGUAUGCCCUGGAUCUCUGGAGACAGAAAUAUUGGAUGAAGUCCAAUAGUGGAUAAGCUUACAACUAAACACCUAAGAAAUUCUGCAAUUUUCCCUGAAAAAUCUUUAUCUCCCUUUCUUACACUUUUACUGUGCUUCCAACUCUGUGGCCUUUAUGAACUGGAACAGCAGAUCCUUGCAUAGCCCUUUUAGUGGGUUACACUUUUAAUGUGGAGUGAGAGCAUUUUUAAUUCUAGUUCCUCAGAUGCUGUAAAAAGUGUCCUGGUGAAUGGACAUAAAGAAGCAACAAGAUGUUUUAACUGUUUAAACAUUAAAUACAAGCUUUGCUUUUUUGCAUUUGAAUAUAGAGUACUUUUAUAUUGUAAGUGCUUCAAAAGUGUGGAGAUGUUAGAUUUGCUCUUAUAUUCACAGUACUGAAUGUGAAAAAAAAUUUAAUAUGCAUCUUCAGUGUGCUGCUUUCCCUUAGAAGAGGUAGUAUAGUUGUAACUGAUGAUUUGUACACCUUUUAGUCAUUUUGGAGAGCCUUUAAGCUUAUAUUGUUUAACAAAUAAUUUUUUACAAUUAAAUCUUCCAGAGGCAAAACAUAAUAGUCAUCCUAAGCCAAUGCCUUGGAAGCCAUUCUGUAUAAAAUACUUUAUAGUUUUCUUUCUUAGAUUCAUAGGAAACAAAGCCAAAUGUAGAUCUGCACUUCUUUAUAAAAUGAAAAUGUAAUUUGAUAGGCUACAAAGAGACCAUUCCAUCAUGGAAGUGUUUGGGACAGAAAUGACAUUCCAAAAAUUUAUCUUUUAUAACUUUAUGGAUAAUCUUCCUGUGCUUUGUUAGCACAGACUUCUUACUGAAAUACCUUUUUUCAUAGAAAUGUUAUAUUUGUAAUGAGAGUUGAGAACUAGAAUUUUAGCGUAAAGAACGUUAAUUUCAAAGCCAUGUUAGAAGAGGGUAAAUUUGUCAUAUGUGAAGACAAUUUAGGUGUCUGUUAUCCCUAUGGAAUAUUGUUUUAAGAUCAGUUUUCAGUGGCAGUAGUUUUCCAUGCGCCAGGUAACUUGCCUACAUUCAUAUUUUAUAUGCUGUCUAAACAAUGCCACUUUGAAAUGCAAUUGAUGAAAUUAUAUUAUACACUUUAAAAGUAGUACAUAAACUAGUUUGCCCACAUUUAAUGGUACAUUUGUAAAACAGGACUUACUUCAGAGUAAAAUAUGUAACACAAUAUCUUGUGGCAUUAAUCUUACAGAUCAUGUGAAAGGAUGCAUUUCCCUCAUGUACUUACUUAAUCUGAUAGUACUGUUUUACACUAUAUGGCUCUUAAAAUCUUGGGCCUCUAUGAUAAGAAACCUAGGCAAGGACCCAUAACUGCCUACUUAGGCCACAUUAUGUAUUUCCCAAGAGGUCGUAGUUUACAGACCUUUCCAAUGGAACAUACAGGGUGUACAAAAAGCUCCAAAGUACACUAUACCUCAGAUUAUUUUUAAUUUAUAGGCCAUUUUUAGUUCCUCAGUUGAAUUAACCUUAUGUUCUAGUGAAAAAAGCAGUGAAUACUUUUGGCCUUAGUUAUCCAAAUAUAGGGAGGGAAGGGGGAAUCAUGCUGAAAUUAGUUCAGGUAUUUCAGGGAAUUUUCAAUAAAUUUAAUAAAUUUAACUUGUCUCCUCUAUGUCUCACUUUUAGAGAAAUGAAGCUACCAGCUCGAGUUUUGACUUUUUACUUAUCUGGUUUUAUAGAAAUGCAGUAAAACACAAAAGAAAAAGUCUUAAUUUAACAUCAUUAUUGAGGUCAUUGUGAAGCCAUUAAAGUAAAUAUGCAUUUUGUGAUACCCAUGUGUUGACAGAGCAGCCUAGGGAAAUUUUACAUGGACCCUCUUGUAAAUGAAUCAUCAAUUUAUUCACAUAAAUGUGAAUAUAAUAUCCUAGCAAAACUGUUAAACUAGAAAUACCAUGCCUUUAUAUUUGUUGGAUCAUGGACCUUUAGAAGACCUACAUUUUAAGUGGAUAAAAUUGAAACUUUCUUCCAUGAAUUACUGUUUAAACAAACUAGUGGCUUUUAAAAAUUCAGCAAAGGGUGAUUGUGCUGGGGGUUCAGAACUUUAAAAUUUGAAAUAAGUUUAUGCAAGGCCACUUUACUUGUACAUACAUUUCUGAAAAAACUGUACUCUGGGAAACUAAGCAUCCUUUCGGUGAAUGUACUGUAAAACUGUAUAAAUCUCAAAAUCCAAAUAAGUUCUUUUUGGCAGUUCUUUAAAGGGUGAUAUUAAAACUAUCCGCCACUGGUGCUUCUUUACUCUGUCCUCUACUCACAUUAAGUUUAAACAUCCUAAAAAGGGUUGAAGUGUUCAGAAAUACAGCUAGUUAUGUUUUUAUAACACUUUUUGAAACACUGUAAGCUGUGUAACUGUCUUUAGACUGUGUGCUGGUGGCAAGGUGUGUUCCAGUUUUCAUUAAUUUACCAGAUCUCCUGCAUUAAUCAAUAUUUUAGGGGAAUUCUAACUUAUGAGCUGUCCAUAAUGUGUGAGUUUUGUGUUCCUUACUAACUGGUACAGCCUCUUCUCCUUGCAAGUCCUGUUAGUGAGUAGCUGGAAUUCAUGCUGUACCUAAAAUAUGGGAGCCCAUACAAUCCAGAGUUGCUAUGCACUAAAUCUUCUGAUGCCUUUAAAUACCUUGAUGCCUGUAGACAUAGAAAUGCUUUCCUAUUUAAAAAAAUAAAAAUAUAGCCUUGGUUACUAAAGCAGUUUUGUAUUUGCCUUGUAAAAGCUUCAGUACAAGGGUCUUAAUUUUUUUGGCUUGUGUGAUACUAUAGAUAAAGACUGUUAAUCUUGAGUAAUGCAGUGGUAUAAAAGCACACAAUCUCCAUUGGACUAUGCAAAUUUAAAUUUAUAACAGUACCCUGUAACUUGAUAUUUUGUUGGCAUCCACUUUCUUGUCCACCUUUUUCCCCCUGCCAUAACCACCUCCAAAACUCUGCUUUCCAGUUUGAUUUUUAGAUAUGAAAUCAAGGAAAGCCUCAUUGAUAAAAUUGCUUUUUUCUACAAAGAAGGUGGAGGAUCAAUGUUAGGAAUAAAAAUCAAAGAAUGGUAUUUAGCACAUUAAAUAUGGUCUAUGAAUCAGUACCAUUUCUGAAAUUAAUCUUAAAUCUGGCAAUCAAUCAGACUUCCUCUAUUAAACCUUUCAUUAUAUCAGUGGAACUGCCAUCCUUUUUAAAACCAAAGAUUGAAGAGAUAAAAUGACAGCUUGUUCUGAUGCAAACAAAGCUUUGAAACUCUAUUUUUGAUACACAUAAUGGGUGUCAUUCCUUGAAGUUUGGAAAUCAUUCAACAAAUUGAAGUUUUAUAUUUAAAAAUAUAGGACAAUAAAGAUUAAGUUCUAGAUGUUUACAGAGCCUUGUAUUGUAAUUUCAUGUACAUUUUGUAUUUUAAACAUUUUUGUAAGUUAUGAUUGCAGUGCUACUUGCAGAAAUACAAAGGGAAGAACUUGCAUUUUAGCCUCUUGAAUCAUAGUGUUGAAAUAAAUGAUAAAAUGCAAAAAA